CACAGACUGAGAGGGAGGGGUGAGUGUGUGGGUGAGAGAGAGGGACGCACAGAGGAGCUGGGAAGGAUCACAUUUUGAGGUGGACACAGGAAAGUUCAUACUGGACAUCUGGAGGAAAAAUACGCCCGAAACUGGAAACUUUUAAUCAGACGAGGAUUAGACAUGGAAGGCGAAUUGCACGGCGUGGAUAAAUAACUUUUGAAAAGCACGUAUUUUUUUUCGAAGCAUCGGUACGCAGGAGGAAAUAACAUCAACUCAACCAAGUUCUACGAGCUUUACCGGGAUGUUCAGAUGAGACCAGGAGCUCCAACAGGUACAGCAGCUGUUGUGAUACAUCAGAGACGGAUUAUACACUUUAUUUGUGUCGACGAAGGAAGGUAGAGUUUCCAAAUGAUUCCUAAUCUAAGUUCUUUUAACUUUUUCAAACAAAAAUACAACAAAACAAUUUUAGGAUUUUACUCUUAAGUGCUGUUAAGCUACAAAAAGUUAAACUUUGUGUUAAAAUUUUACGUUAGUUUCCUUUUAUUCAACAUGCAUAAUGCAGUAGCCUAUUAAAACUGAAGGAUAAUUUAUGAAUUACUUUUGCAACUUUAUGUCCGUGUAGAUCUGCGAGUCAUAACACUAAAGUAAUUUUAAAAAAUAACAUCAUUUCAUGAAGGCUUUAUGUACCGAGGUUUGCUUUAUUCUUCACUUUAAAGGUGUAAGAUGAAAAUAACUGUUACAUCCAUACAGGUUUCUCUUUAUUUUAAAGAUAUAUAUAAGAGUUAUGCCAGAUUACAUGCUAUAUUUAUAAUCAAAGGUACUUCUGCUUUACAAACCAGGACACUUGUUAGAAAAUCAGUUUAAUCUCUUUAAAACAAAACGGUAGGUUUGGUAUCAAGUUUGAUAAGAUGCUAGUUUGUAGUGUUUCUACACCUGAAACAGUUAAAUAUAUCACUGCACUUCCCUUGAAUUAAUUUACACCCAUGACAAUGUAGUUAAAUCUAAUUUUUGUGAAUUUAAAUUCUCGAUUCAGAGUUGUAAAAUUCUCUCUUUUGUCCCCAUUAUACUUGUAGGUCCCUGUAGAGGCUCUAAGAUGCCAGCAGUGACCCUGCCAGGUUGAGCAGCCUCACCUCCCUCUGCUGUGUCCAGUGUUGUGGCGCCCUCUGCUGUGCAACCAGGAAGGCCAAAGAAGGUGGCAGGCCAGGCAGUAUGGGGAACGUAUUUGAAGAGGGUAUGAACGUUGUCAUCGUCAGCCACUACAACCACUCAGGGAAGUGGGACCGGCCUCGCAGUAGCGGGGCCUGUAAGAUGGCCGUGCUGCUCUUCAUCUGCGUGCUCAUCGUCCUGGAGAACGUCACGGUGCUGCUCGCCCUCUGGAGGAACAAACGCUUCCACAGCCGCAUGUACUUCCUGAUAGGAAACCUGGCACUGUCAGACCUGCUGGCUGGCGUGGCCUAUGUGGUCAACAUUUUCACCUCAGGGAACAAAACCUUUUAUCUGACCCCAGUGCAGUGGCUGGCUAGAGAGGGGAGCAUGUUUGUGGCCCUUAGCGCGUCCACGUUCAGCCUUCUUGCCAUUGGGAUUGAGAGGCACAUGACGAUGGUGCGUUUGCGGCCCUGUGAGACAGCGGGUCGGGGGAGACUUCUGGGACUGCUGGCAGCCUGCUGGCUCGUGUCAGUGCUGCUCAGCGCUCUGCCCAGCCUGGGAUGGAACUGCCUCAAUAAGAGAGCUUCCUGCUCCACAGUGCUGCCACUCUACGCCAAGAGCUAUGUGGCCUUCUGCAUCAGUGUUUUCAGUGCCCUGCUGGUGGCCAUCAUCAUCCUCUACAUCAGGAUCUACCGCCUGGUGACCUCCAGUGGCCGCAGGGUGAGCAGCCGGCCCUCGGAGCGCUCAUUAGCCCUGCUGAGGACUGUGGUGAUCGUUCUUGGAGUGUUCGUCAUGUGCUGGACCCCUCUCUUCCUCUUGCUGCUGCUGGACGUUGGCUGUAGCCCAGAUAAAUGCCCUGUGCUCUACCAGGUGGACUGGUUUAUCGCCCUGGCUGUGCUAAACUCUGCUCUCAACCCUCUCAUAUACACUCUGUCCAGCAGGGAGAUGAGGGCGGCGUUCUUCCGCCUGCUGUGCUGCUGUCAGACCAGUAUGGAGUCCACAGGGACUCCUGUAGUGGGAAACCCACACCUGGGCACUGUAAUCCCCACUGCAGAGAACAGCAAGUCCAGCCUGGGUGGAGGAGGGGGCAGCGGGGUGGGGAAGUCCACGCUGAACAGGGGAAAGGGUCCUCCACCUGUGAACUCUGACACUAAGCAUGGAGAUCCUUCAGCAACCGCUGUGCCCCACCCAUCAGGACCUGCAGACCUGCUGUCUGCUGUGCUGGUGAAGGCAGGGGCUUUGCCACCCCUCAGCAAGUUCUGAGAGAAAGCACCUUAAAAAGGACCGAGACAGAAAUAAACACACAACAUACACACUCCUGCUGUCUGCCACUUUAUGCCAAUGCACUACGGCUAGAACAGCAUGAACACAAUGAAGGAAUGAUUUUCUUGUUGAAGCAGAUGAAGACGGCAGAAAAGAGUACAACCAAAACCCUUUUAUAGCCACUAUUUCUUACAGCAAAAACACAUUAUUCAUUAUGUUGUGUGUACCUUACAUAAUGACUGAAGCGAACUCUUUCAAACCUAUGAAGUAAUAUAGGUCAACUUCUGGGACAAGGACCAAACAAAAGCCAAAUUAAAUCUCCUGGCUUAACCCAUUUCUGUGAACACUGCUUUCACAACGACAGAGUAUUACUAACUUCAACAGUGUUGUGUCUGAGUAUUUGUUUUCUUUAUUUUGUUAUUUUGUCACUGGAAGCAGGAAAGAUGAAAUGGGGGCACUUUUUCACAUGUGCUGUGUGUAAGUACUCCUCUAACACCUGCAUCCUCCAUCACGAAAUGACUUCAUGAACUAUUUAUUACUGUGAAAACAUUUGCAAACAGAAUACUUUUAGCAUAUAUUUUUGGUAUGGAUUGUUUGAAUUAAAAACACCACGGUACUGGGGUUUAAUUAUGACUUUGACACAAUUUAAGAUGCACUGUGAAAGAAGACAAAACCGUAAGUUUCUUUUUGUUUUAGACUAGCGGCCUCUGGAGGCUGUGAUGCACAUUACACAUCAGAAAACAAGUCCUAUGUAAGACUGAAAAAUUAAAUAUAUUAUUAUCAUUUGAUGCGUACCAUGGCUGGUAUUGAAGAAUAUUUAAUGUCCUGAAGGUGAUGCUGUUCAUUUCCAGAGUAGACUCAUCUUUCAUGUUUGGUCUCAGCUCUAUUCUGUCAGGAGUAGCUGCUCUGUCAGAUCAAUCAAUAUGUUUAAUAACUUCAGUCAUGGACAUUUUCUUUCCUUUCAUCAGCAUAUCUAGAAACCACUCACAACUAACCACUAGUGAAUAGGAGUGUUGGAUGUGGAUAAUUUAAUGGUGGCAGACUGUAAAUUACAUUUCUGCCAAGGGUGGUGCAGUGCCUGAUGCCAUUAUGUAGAAAAUACAAUAAAAUCCUAUUCUCUCUUA